CCGCUGUGUAGGAGCAGCCGUUCAGUACAGAGAGCAUCCUUGUACUAAGAUAAGCCUGUGUGCAGUGGAUCAUCAUGGGUGAGCUGUUCCGAAGUGAGGAGAUGACUCUGGCCCAGCUGUUCCUGCAGUCUGAGGCCGCAUACUGCUGCGUCAGUGAACUGGGGGAGCUGGGAAUGGUACAGUUCAGAGAUCUCAACCCUGAUGUGAACGUGUUCCAGAGGAAGUUUGUGAAUGAAGUUAGGCGCUGUGAGGAGAUGGACAGAAAGCUACGGUUUGUGGAGAAAGAGAUUAAAAAAGCCAACAUCCCUACAGUAAACACAGGCGAAAACCCAGAAGUCCCAUUUCCACGAGACAUGAUUGACCUUGAGGCAACCUUUGAGAAGCUGGAAAAUGAACUUAAGGAGAUCAACACCAACCAAGAAGCCCUGAAGAAGAACUUUUUGGAGCUGACUGAGCUCAAGCACAUUCUAAGACGAACCCAGCAGUUCUUUGAUGAGAUGGAGGACCCCAACCUGCUGGAGGAGUCUUCAUCUUUGUUGGACCCCAAUGAAGCUGGAAGAGGAGCCCCACUGCGGCUUGGGUUUGUUGCUGGUGUAAUAAACAGGGAGCGGCUCCCCACCUUUGAGCGGAUGCUGUGGAGGGUUUGUCGUGGCAAUGUGUUUUUAAGGCAGGCUGAGAUUGAGGACCCCUUGGAGGACCCAACAUCUGGAGACCAAGUUCAUAAGUCAGUGUUCAUCAUCUUUUUCCAAGGAGAUCAGCUAAAAAACAGAGUGAAGAAGAUCUGUGAGGGGUUCCGUGCAUCUCUCUACCCAUGUCCUGAAACCCCACAGGAAAGGAAAGAGAUGGCAGCUGGUGUCAACACUCGUAUUGAUGAUCUACAGAUGGUGCUAAACCAAACUGAGGAUCAUCGGCAGAGGGUCCUUCAAGCCGCUGCUAAAACACUGCGUGUUUGGUUUAUCAAAGUUAGGAAGAUGAAGGCCAUCUACCACACUCUGAACCUCUGCAAUAUCGAUGUCACUCAGAAAUGUUUAAUCGCAGAAGUGUGGUGCCCCAUCUCUGAUCUGGAUUCUAUACAGUUUGCUCUGCGAAGAGGCACGGAAAGGAGCGGAUCAACUGUUCCAUCCAUCCUGAAUAGAAUGCAGACCAAGCAGACUCCACCCACUUACAACAAAACAAACAAAUUCACCUCUGGCUUUCAGAACAUCGUGGACGCUUAUGGAAUUGGAACCUACAGAGAGAUAAACCCAGCACCCUACACUAUCAUCACCUUUCCCUUCCUGUUUGCGGUGAUGUUUGGGGACAUGGGUCACGGAUUGCUAAUGACAUGUGCAGCCCUCUACCUUGUCAUCCGAGAAAGUCGCCUACUCGCACAGAAGGGUGACAAUGAGAUGUUUAAUAUGAUCUUUUCUGGGCGCUAUAUAGUCCUGUUAAUGGGAUUAUUUUCCAUCUACACUGGAAUGAUCUACAACGACUGCUUUUCUAAAUCCCUAAACAUGUUUGGCUCUGGUUGGAGUGUGAAGCCCAUGUUUGGCAACAAAGGAGGAAACUGGUCGUUUGAGACUCUUGAUGGGAAUGCAAUGCUUCAGCUUGACCCAGCUGUACCUGGAGUAUUUGGUGGACCAUAUCCUCUGGGUAUAGAUCCAGUCUGGAACAUUGCCACAAACAAGCUGACCUUCCUGAAUUCAUUCAAAAUGAAGAUGUCCGUAAUUUUAGGGGUGAUUCACAUGCUGUUUGGCGUCAGUCUCUCACUCUUCAAUCAUUUGUAUUUUAAGAAGCCUCUGAACAUCUUCCUUGGGUUCAUCCCUGAGAUUGUGUUCAUGAGCUGCCUGUUUGGUUAUCUGAUAUUGCUGGUCUUUUAUAAGUGGACAGCUUAUGAUGCAGUGACUUCUAAAGAUGCUCCCAGUCUCCUUAUUGCCUUCAUCAACAUGUGUCUCUUUAACUACAGCGAUACAACCCAUUCAUUUCUAUACAGAGGACAGAUGGGAAUCCAGUGUCUGCUGGUGGUGAUAGCUUUGGGCUGUGUGCCCUGCAUGCUGGUGGUGAAGACCAUGGUGCUCCGACGUCAACACCUGUGGAAAAAGCACUUGUCCCAGAUGAGGGAGACAAGCCCUGCUCAGAAACUAGAAAAUUUAGAGCAAGCAGGCAGCAGCUCAUCCACCGGACUCACCCAACAGGGCACGCAGAAAUUCGGAGGUGUCCGGGUCGGGAACGGGCCCACGGAGGACGAGGCUGAGAUCAUUGAGCACGACCAGCUAUCCCAGCAUUCUGAGGAAGGAGAUGAGUUUGACUUUGGGGAUGUAGCAGUCCACCAGGCCAUCCACACUAUAGAGUACUGUCUCGGCUGCAUUUCCAACACCGCUUCAUACCUGCGCCUCUGGGCUCUCAGUUUAGCUCAUGCACAGCUGUCUGAGGUGUUGUGGGGAAUGGUGAUGCACUUGGGCCUGGCUUCCAGUAGCGGUGGUGGAUUUUUUGGCUUGUUAAUUAUUUUCCCAGUCUUCGCCACAUUAACUGUGUGCAUUCUGCUCGUUAUGGAGGGACUGUCUGCAUUUCUGCAUGCCCUGCGACUGCACUGGGUUGAGUUCCAGAACAAGUUCUACACCGGGCUGGGGUUCAAGUUUGUCCCCUUCUCCUUUGACAGCAUUCUGGAGGGUCGCUUUGAUGAGUAAAAUCACUGACAACUUUCCUAGCAAUUUCCCAGGAUUCUGUGUUGCAUGGAGCUUAAUCAUAUCAUUUAUCCCUAUAUGUCCACAAGUUGUAACCUUUGACUUUCAAAAUGCCCUUUAGAGAGCUGCGUGAGUAGAAAUUUCCCCCACAAAAUGCUUUUUCUUUCUUCUGAUCAGUUACAUUUAUCAGUCAGUGUAUUGAUGUAAUUUGUUAACAUUGUAAUCAAGUUAUGGUGCAUUACUGUAAUCAGAUGACUAAUAUGUGAUAUGUUUAUGGCAUAUAAAUGUACA